UGCCACAGCAAGAGAAAGAGCACUGAAAGCUUCUCUCUAGCCUCGCUAUAAGUAACAGAGCUAUGAGCCCUCCUUUGUUCCCAUCGAGGAGAAAACGAAGACGAUGGAGAGAAGAUUGAGAGUGAGCGAGUUGGCGCUGAGGCUGGCGGCGUUAGGUUUUGCAGUGACGGCGUCAGCUCUGGUUGGAGGUGACAGUCAAGUGAGGACGUUCUUUUCUAUGGAGAAGAAGGCAAAGUUUACUGACAUGAAGACUUUGCUGUUUUUGGUGGCUGCUAAUGGGAUAGCAGCUGGGUAUAACUUGCUGCAGGUGGUGCGUUGCUUUGUGGGGAUGAUGAAGGGGAGUGUUUUGUUUGGGAAGGGCUUGGCUUUGGUUGUGUUUUCCUGUGAUCAGGUGAUGGCUUACAUGGCAUUAGCGGCGAUGGCGGCGGCGGUACAAUCGGGGGUGAUCGUAAUGUUCGGCCAGCCGGAGUUUCAGUGGAUGAAGAUCUGCAACCUGUACAGAAGGUUUUGUAUGCAGGCGGGGGAGGGAUUGGCUUGUGCUUUUGUAGCUUGCUUGGCCAUGAUUAUCAUUUCCUGCAUAUCUGCGUUCAACUUUUUCAGGCUUUAUGGGAUUAGCAGAGGAUUUAAGAACAGCAAUGGAAGCUGGUAGUCUUUAUGGCAUUUUCUGAGUUGAGAGCCUGAGUUUAUAUUAGACUGUAUAGUGGUUUUUUACUUGCGAUAAAUGUCUGUUUACUGUGGUAUAAUGAAGUCGACGAAGGCUGACUUAGCUUUAAUUUUCGUGUUGACUUGUGAGCUUGGUAGGGAUGAUGAUGUUGUAUUGUGUAUGGAAACAAAGUCGGAAGGAUGGUUUAUGGAGUUCAGAUCACUUGUGCAUUUUAGUACAUAUAUAUACCAUUUUGUUAUAUUUUGAGGUGAAAUGAUAA